ACAUACGAGGCUUAAAACAGGUGUGAAUUGUUUGUUUUAUUAAAGGCAGUACAUUGCCCAACAAGACUUAAAACACUGAAUAACACUCGAGAGUCUCAAUCAAGACCCGAAGAGCUCCCGACCUAGCUGAGUUUCCGGCAUUAUAACGAAUCGGCGACGAAUGCUAUAAGAGCUAUUUGACAUCACCAUUCCCACGUGUUCUCUAUCAUCCAGCGGCUGCUGCGCCUCCCCUGACCCAGACCCUCCGCCCCCGACUCGACUGGUAGCGCUCACCCGCAGCCUCGUACUGGUGUCGGAUGCGAGAGUCAGUCCUUAAGUAAGAAAUCAGGCCUCACUGGAGACAUUCAAGCAAAGGUUGGACACCUACUUUUCCAGAACAGAAAGGAAACUCAUGCAUCAGAAAAGGAACAACUGGCUUCACUCAGGUAUACCGCAAUCUUGAUAUUGGUGACUACAGAGAAGAGCUUUUAAGACGAUAUGUGAAAAUCCCAGUGAUUCAGAAAGGUUCUUUGACUUCCUUAUCUUCACUUCUCUGCUGCCCCCAAGUUAGCUCAAAAGUGUCAUAUGUUCAGAAGUUUCUGGUGACUAAUAAACGUACCAAAAGAAUAUGGCUGCACAAAUACCAGAAUCUGAUCAGAUAAAACAGUUUAAGGAAUUUCUUGGAACCUACAAUAAACUUACAGAAACCUGCUUUUUGGACUGUGUUAAAGACUUCACAACGAGAGAAGUAAAACCUGAAGAGACCACCUGUUCAGAGCAUUGCUUACAGAAAUAUUUAAAAAUGACUCAACGAAUAUCGAUGAGAUUUCAGGAAUAUCAUAUCCAGCAGAAUGAAGCCCUGGCUGCCAAAGCAGGACUCCUUGGCCAACCCCGAUAGAGAAGUCCUAAUGGAUGGAUUUUUGAUGAAAGAUUGCCAACACCUGUUGCACUGGAAAUGAGGAUUCACCUGAUAGAGUCCCCUGAAAGCAGUAGCCACUAUAUUAAACCAUCUGUCAUGACUAUUUGGCAAAUGGAAACCACUGGGUAAACAAAAGUGCUAUUUACCAGAAUAAUCAAAAUAGAAGGUCUUAUUGUUUGAUGAAGAUAAUAAGAUGCAACACUUGUUGAGGCCUUAAGAUUCAGCAGCUUGGUCACUUGAUUAGAAAAAUAAACCAUUGUUUCUUCAAUUAUGACUGUUAAUUUUAAAGCAAAAUAUGUGUUCAGUCAUGUAUGAGAUAGAAAAAAAUUUUUAUUACUAAAGGUAAAAUAAAUGGAAAUAUCACUGAGCAGUUGUUUAUACUAUAUAGUACCAUAGUAUUCUGACUGGACUGUGGAUAUGCUGAAGUGUUUUUCAGUCAGGAUCAUCCUCCAAGUAUUCCUGUUCAUUCAUGUCUGCCUCAAAUUGCUGGUAAAUACAUAAAAUAGUUACUACCUAAUCAAUUUAAUGCACGAUCUUUUUCUUACCUCCCUUGUAUCAGGGUGGGCACUACACAUUCUUAUCCCAGCUACAUUUUCAUAUAUCUUCAGGAAACAUCCCAUCUGAGACUAGCUUGGAAAUGUUUAAAAGUUGAUUAUUGUGCUUUAGUGGAGACUAUAUUGCUUUGUGUUUUAUUCAAAAGCUGAGAAUCCAACAUGAAUGAUUCCCCGUCAGACCAACAAUUUACAGUGUACUCUCAGCCACUGCAUGUAAUCAAUGUAAUAAAAAGUAAACCAAA